CGGAAGUGCAGUGGCUGCUACUUCCGGAUUGCCCGUCGGUUUCGAGGGUCGGGUUUAGCCGCCGCGAUGUUGCCUUUCACCGUGAAUUUCAAGGUGUCGGCCCGCACCCUCACCGGGGCCCUGAACGCCCACAACAAGGCAGCGGUGGACUGGGGCUGGCAAGGUUUAAUUGCUUAUGGAUGUCAUUCGCUCGUGGUAGUGAUUGAUUCCAGUACUGCCCAAACUCUUCAAGUUUUAGAAAAGCAUAAAGCUGAUGUUGUCAAGGUUAAGUGGGCCAGAGAAAAUUACCACCAUAACCUUGGCUCCCCGUACUCCUUGCGCCUGGCCUCUGCCGACGUCAGUGGGAAGAUCAUCGUUUGGGACGUGGCCGCAGGAGUAGCUCAGUGUGAGAUCCAGGAACAUGCCAAGCCUAUUCAGGAUGUCCAGUGGCUGUGGAGUCAGGAUGCUUCCCGGGACCUGCUGCUCGCCAUCCACCCGCCAAACUACAUCGUGCUCUGGAACGCGGACACCGGCACCAAGCUGUGGAAGAAGAGCUACGCCGACAACAUCCUGUCCUUCUCCUUCGACCCUUUUGAUCCCUCGCAUCUAACUUUGCUCACCAGCGAGGGCAUUGUGUUCAUCUCAGACUUCUCCCCGUCCAAGCCCCCCUCGGGCCCCGGGAAGAAGGCCUACAUCUCCAGCCCGCACUCGAGCCCAGCCCACAGCAAGCUGGCCGCGGCCACGGGCGCGAAAAAGGCUCUCAAUAAAGUCAGAGUCUUAAUCACUCAGGAGAAACCGAGUGCUGAAUUCAUAACUCUCAAUGACUGCCUUCAGCUGGCGCACCUGCCUUCCAAAAGGAACCACAUGUUGUUGCUCUAUCCUCGGGAGAUUUUAAUCCUUGACCUUGAGGUGAAUCAGACCGUGGGGGUGAUUGCAAUAGAGCGAACAGGAGUUCCGUUUCUGCAGGUAAUUCCCUGCUUCCAGCGUGACGGUUUAUUCUGCCUGCAUGAAAAUGGUUGUAUAACCUUGCGUGUUCGAAGAUCUUACAAUAGUGUUUUCACCACUUCCAAUGAGGAAUUAGACCCAGACCCGGUCCAGGAGCUCACCUACGAUUUACGGAGCCAGUGCGACGCCAUCAGGGUGACGAAGACUGUGCGUCCCUUCAGCAUGGUGUGCUGCCCCGUCAACGAGAACAAAGCCGCCCUCGUGGUGAGCGACGGAAGGGUCAUGAUCUGGGAGCUGAGGUCCGCCGUGUGUCAUCGGAGCUCACGGAACAGCAGCUCUGCGGUGUCGCCGCUGUACUCGCCCGUGUCCUUCUGCGGGAUCCCGGGAGGAGCGCUGCAGAAGAGGCUCCCGGACCUGUCCUUGGAUAACAUGAUCGGGCAGAGCGCCAUUGCCGGGGAAGAGCACCCCCAGGGCUCCCUCCUGCAGGAAGUGCACCUCAAGUUCCUGCUCACAGGGCUGCUGUCGGGACUGCCCGCACCGCACUUCACGGUGCGCAUGUGCCCGCCGCUGACCACAAAGAACAUCCGGAUGUACCAGCCACUGCUCGCUGUCGGCACGAGCAGCGGCUCCGUCCUGGUGUACCACCUGGCCAGCGGGCUGCUGCACAAGGAGCUCAGCGUCCACUCGUGUGAAGUCAAGGGCAUCGAAUGGACAAGCUUGACGGGCUUCCUGUCUUUCGCCACCUCAACGCCGAACAACGUGGGGUUGGUGAGGAAUGAACUCCAGCUGGUCCAUCUCCCAACAGGGAGGAGCAUUGCCUUUCGAGGUGAACGAGGCAACGAUGAAUCACCCAUCGAAAUGAUUAAAGUAUCUCAUCUGAAGCAGUAUUUGGCAGUCGUGUUCAAAGAUAAACCCCUGGAGUUGUGGGAUGUUAGGACUUGUACCAUUCUCAGAGAAAUGUCCAAGAACUUCCCUGGAAUCACUGCUUUGGAGUGGUCGCCGUCUCACAACCUGAAGAGCCUGCGAAAGAAGCAGCUGGCCACCCGAGAGGCCAUGGCCCGCCAGACCGUGGUCUCGGACGCCGAGCUGAGCAUCGCCGAGUCGUCCGUGAUCAGCCUGCUGCAGGAAGCGGAGAGCAAAGCAGAGCUCAGCCAGAACAUCUCCGCGCGCGAGCACUUCGUGUUCACCGACGGCGACGGCCAGGUGUACCACUUCACCGUGGAGGGCACCUCCGUGCGGGACAGCGCCCGGAUCCCGCCCGACGGAAGUAUGGGUAGUAUUACCUGCAUCGCUUGGAAAGGUGAUAUGCUAGUUCUUGGAGAUACUGAUGGAAACCUAAAUUUUUGGGACUUGAAAGGCAGAGUAUCCAGGGGGAUACCUACGCACCGCAGCUGGGUGAGGAAGAUCCGCUUCGCUCCCGGCAAAGGGAACCAGAAACUGAUAGCGAUGUACAGCGACGGAGCUGAAGUGUGGGACACGAAGGAGGUGCAGAUGGUGAGCAGUUUAAGAAGUGGGAGGAACGUGACCUUCCGGAUACUGGACGUGGACUGGUGUACGUCCGAUAAAGUGAUCUUGGCCUCAGACGACGGGUGCAUCCGAGUCCUGGAGAUGUCCAUGAAGUCCGCGUGCUUCAGAAUGGACGAGCAGGAGCUGACGGAGCCGGUGUGGUGCCCGUAUCUCCUCGUCCCGAGGGCCUCCCUCGCCUUGAAAGCCUUCUUGCUGCACCAGCCGUGGGACGGGCAGUAUUCUUUGGAUAUUUCCCAUGUUGAUUAUCCGGAAAAUGAAGAAAUAAAGAAUCUCCUGCAGGAGCAGUUGAAUUCGUUGUCUAAUGACGUAAAGAGCCUCUUGCUGGACCCGGAAUUCACCCUGCUGCAGAGGUGCCUGCUUGUGUCCAGGCUGUACGGCGACGAGUCGGAGCUGCACUUCUGGACCGUGGCUGCGCACUACCUGCACAGCUUGUCCCCCAGCGCACGGGUGCCGGCGGGGAAGGAAGCUGCGCCUCAGGACAGAGUGCACGACCCGCUGGACAUUUGCUACGACAUCCUCUGCGAGAACGCCUACUUCCAGAAAUUCCAGCUAGAAAGGGUUAAUCUGCAGGAAGUGAAACGGACAACGUACGACCACACUCGGAAGUGUACAGACCAGCUACUUCUCUUGGGUCAAACAGACAGAGCAGUGCAGCUGCUGCUGGAAACCAGCGCAGACAACCAGCACUACUACUGCGACUCGCUGAAAGCCUGUUUGGUCACCACUGUCACCUCGUCAGGCCCCUCCCAGAGCACCAUUAAGCUGGUGGCCACCAACAUGAUCGCCAACGGCAAGCUGGCAGAGGGCGUGCAGCUGCUGUGCCUCAUAGACAAGGCUGCGGACGCCUGCCGCUACCUGCAGACGUACGGCGAGUGGAGCCGCGCGGCGUGGCUGGCCAAAGUCCGCCUGAGCUCCGAAGAGUGCGCCGACGUCCUCAGGCGGUGGGUUGACCACCUUUGCUCUCCGCAAGUCAACCAGAAGUCGAAGGCCCUUCUGGUCCUCCUCUCCCUGGGCUGCUUCUCCAGCGUGGCCGAGAUGCUGCACAGCAUGAGAUACUUCGACCGCGCCGCCUUGUUUGUGGAAGCCUGUCUCACGUACGGGGCCCUGGACGUCUGCGAGGACACAGAGAGACUCACCUCUGCCGUGUACGCGGAUUACGCCCGAAGCCUGAAGAGCCUCGGCUUCAGACAGGGAGCGGUUCUCUUCGCCUCAAAGGCCGGAGCCGCCGGCAGAGACAUGCUGGGCGAGCUGCAGUCCCCCAGACAGGAGCCGGCCGAGGAGUGACGGGCGGGCGGGC